UUCCAGGGAGCAUUUUGUUCAGGACGAGGGGGGGAAGCCGUGCCGUUAUGUGGACAGACUGCGGGGUUGUAAAAGUGUUUAAACGGAUUUAAACGCCAACUGAGGAUUGUUGUUUUUAAACCUUAUUGGUAAAGCAUCUCGUCGGGGUUGCAGUUUGUCGGUAGUGUCCCGUAAAGUCACGAGUUUAACCGAAUAACGUGGAAGGAAGAGGACUCGGUGGAUUCGUGCAAACUCGGUCUCGGUAGCAUUCUCAAGAUCCCAGCUGUCGGGUUGUUUAUUGAUGGGUACAUACUGUGAGGCGACACACCAAGAGAACUGGAAAUCAUUCAAAAGAGACAGGACCUGCGGAAGAAUGAAGACGAGCUAGAUGUCUUCAGAGAACUGUCGAAGUUGAGCUUUCUUGGAAGAGUACACCUGCAGCAAAUGUGUACCUGGACUGAGCACAUAAUCAGAGAAACCUGAAAAGUGGCUUUGCUGCCGUGAAGCUCAACUUCAAAAGAACACAUUGACACAAAGUGAUCAAUAUGAGUGCUGAAGGGUAUCAGUACAGAGCGCUUUAUGACUACAAGAAGGAGAGGGAGGAGGACAUUAAUCUGCAUGUGGGGGACACGCUGCUGGUGAGUAAAGGGGCUCUGGUGGCCCUCGGGUACACUGAUGGGCUGGAGCAGAGGCCUGAUGAGAUUGGCUGGCUGCCAGGCUUCAAUGAAACCACUCAGGAAAAAGGGGACUUCCCUGGGACAUAUGUCGAGUACGUUGGAAAGAAAUGGAUCUCUCCGCCUACACCUAAGCCGAGGCCCCUCAGACCCUUACCUGUAGCUCCGGGGGUCUACAAGACGGAGGCAGACUCCGACUCAGAGCAAGGCUGCAGUCUGCUGGACCUGACGGAGCAGUUUUCCCUCCCUGAGACAACUCCCCCCUUGCUCGCCAGACUGCUGGAGUCUGUGGAGAAGAAAGGUCUGGAUAAUCCUACGUUGUAUCGAACAUUCACUGCUGGCGGUGGACUUGAAGUCAGACAGUAUUUUGAUUGCGAUCCUGCCUCAGCAGACCUGGAUCAGUUUGAACUUCCCGUCCUGUGUGAUGGUCUGCGCAGGUACCUGCAGGAUCUCCCUCAACCCAUCAUCCCCACUUCAUUGUACGCUCAGAUGGUUCACACUGCCAAAGAGGUGGUGAAUCCUGAGGAAUGCGCCCAGCUGCUGCGUCGCAUCGCCAGCACCCCGAGCCUGCCUCCACAGUACUGGCUCGCCCUCCACUGUCUGCUCAGGCAUUUCGCUAGAGUGUGCCAAAACGGCCCCAAGAACCUGCUCAGCGCCAGAGCUCUGGGAGAAAUCUUCAGCCCCGUGUUUUUCAGACAACAGACCACCAGUUGUGAACCCAGCUCAGAUGCUCACAUCAAGAUCAUUGAAGUUCUGGUGACCAGUGAAUGGAGUGAAAGCCAGUCAGCUCCAGCUCUACCUCCAAAGCCACCCAAGCCCGCCUCCGUGACUAACAACGGCAUGAACAACAACAUGGCUCUGCAAGACGCCGAGUGGUACUGGGGGGACAUCUCGAGGGAGGAGGUCAACGAGAAGCUGAGGGACACCGCCGACGGUACGUUUCUGGUGCGGGACGCCUCGACAAAGAUGCACGGCGACUACACUCUGACUCUGAGGAAAGGAGGAAACAACAAGCUCAUUAAGAUAUUCCACCGGGACGGGAAGUACGGCUUCUCGGACCCUCUGACCUUCGGCUCCGUCGUCGAGCUCAUCAACCACUACCGCAACGAGUCGCUGGCUCAAUACAACCCCAAGCUCGACGUCAAGCUGCUCUAUCCCGUCUCCAAACACCAGCAGGAUCAAGUGGUGAAAGAAGACAACAUCGAAGCUGUGGGGAGGAAGCUGUGUGAGUACCACCAGCAGUACCAGGAGAAAAACAAAGAGUACGAUCGCCUGUACGAAGAAUACACCAGAACGUCACAAGAAAUCCAAAUGAAAAGGACGGCGAUAGAAGCUUUUAACGAAACCAUAAAGAUAUUCGAGGAGCAAUGCCAAACACAAGAGCGGUACAGCAAGGAGUACAUCGAGAAGUUCAGGAGAGAGGGCAACGACAAGGAGAUCCAGAGGAUCGUGGGAAACUACGAGAAGUUGAAAUCCAGGAUAAGCGAGAUCGUGGACAGCAAACGACGGCUGGAGGAGGAUCUGAAGAAACAGGCUGCAGACUACAGAGAGAUCGACAAGAGGAUGAACAGCAUCAAGCCCGACCUCAUCCAGCUCCGCAAGACCAGAGACCAGUAUCUCAUGUGGUUGACCCAGAAGGGAGUGAGACAGAAGAAGCUCAACGAGUGGCUCGGAAUCAAGAACGAGAACACAGAAGAUCAAUAUUCUAUGGUGGAAGACGACGAAGACCUGCCUCAUCAUGACGAGCGCUCCUGGAAGCUGGGCAACAUCAACCGACUGCAGGCGGAGGCUCUCCUCCAGGGCAAGAGAGACGGAACAUUCCUGGUCCGAGACAGCAGCAAAGCAGGAUGCUACGCCUGCAGCGUUGUCGUGGACGGCGAGGUGAAGCACUGCGUCAUCAACAAGACCCCCUCAGGUUAUGGCUUCGCCGAGCCGUACAACCUGUACGGCUCCUUAAAGGAACUCGUCCUUCACUACCAGCACACGUCUUUGGUUCAGCACAAUGACUCUCUGAAUGUGACGCUCGCGUACCCGGUCUACACCCAGCAGAGACGGUGAGGACCCCUACCCCCCCCCCCCCCCCCUCCUCUCUCUUUACCCCCCGCCUGCCUGGACGGAUGUUUUCCACACGGACACGGAGAGAAAGGCCUCAUGGGAUUUGGAGUAGGAGAUGAAAAACAUCCCUGGGACUCCAUGAUUUAAAAAAUGAACGAGGCUCUGUUUGCCGAAACUCGGACAUGGGGAAAAAAAGAAAACAGAGCCUGAAACAUUUCAGUGACUUUUGCUCUGACCACGAGCCUGCGGCGAGUCUGAAUGUAGAUUUCUUUCUCUUUUGCUUUUGUCGUGGGAGCACAGAAUCAAGCGGAAACUGCUGAACUCUCCCCCAGCAGAGGACAUCUGAGGCCUUUUCCUAAUGGUGCUUGUUCUUUUUUUUUUUUUUUCAAAGCUUUACCAGCCGGGAAUGUCUAAUCGCAGCAAGAUAAACUCUUCAAAUGGAACCGUACCCAUCGGCCACAUCUGUUUUUUCCACUUUUUCUUUUGCCCUAUCAUGUCAUCUACGAGCGUGCGAGUGUGUGUGUGUUUCUGCACAAGUGUUUCUGUGUAUGUGUCAGUCUGUGUGUGAGUGAGUGUGAUUGUCCAUGUGACCAAAACUCAGAAUCAGGAAACUGUGUGACGUCUGUGGGGGAGUGUAACACAUUUGUUUGUGUUGACUGUUGAAAAGCGGACCUCGUGUCGGCUGAUAAAUGUAGCAAAAUGGCACUUUUUUUAAACAAAGUUUAAUUUUUGUUUUUUUGAAAAAGACUCCUAUGGACUUUUUAAGAGAAAAGGCGGAGCAGACGUCUUCAUCCUGCCCUCCUCUCAGUCGAGCAUUAUAGCGCAGAAGUAAACUUUGAUCUUUACUGUGGGGCGGUGCGAAAAAACUCUGAACGGACUUCGUAUCUCAUGUACAUAUGUGAAAACGUCAUGCAUCAAAGUGCACCAUACCAAAAAGGAUCACUUCCUGUUGAGUUGUAUUCUGAUCUGCUAUGCAAUCUUUUUCUCCAUCCCUCUUUGAGGAUGGAGUCUUCGUUCUGUUGCAGACCCACGAUAUAAGCUUGUUUUAUUGCUUGAAAAGUCUCUUUUUCCUGUGUGAAUAUCCCCUCAGAGGAUAUUUGGUGUCAAAAUGCUACGAUACAGUGAAAACAAAAAAACUGCUUCUGAUUUUUAAAAGAUGAUGAUAAUAGCAACAUACACUUUAUUCUAAAAGACUUUAAUAGCUGGCGUACAGAUGGAAGAGAUGAGUAUUUUAUUAGACUUAUUUUGCUUCAAACUAAUGUUCUUCUCAGGCAGAGCGUCUCGACUCUUUGAGCCGCUUCGGUCACGGCGAGAACGAAGAUUUCUUAGAGCUAAACGUCUUUGUUUGGACGGACAGAGAGCACUCAGAGAAACGGGGAUGAUGGGAUUGUACGACCCCUCCCCCCCUUAAGAGACCAUCAUCACGGAAAACCACAGUAUAGAUUUAUUUUGUUAUAAAAUAUAUAUGUUCCCACAUGAGAAUAUAUCAAAGCAGGCCGGCGUCUUCAGCCGAUGGAUAUUGUUGUUAAAGAUCGAUAAACAUUGUCCACUUAGUAUUUUUCUGUAUCAGAAAAUCACUGUGUUUACAUAGGUGGAUCAGCUCAUUUCAGAUCUGUCUCUAAUUUCAUAUUUCAGAGGGGAAAAUAGGACGACACACGUUAGUGAGAUCCUUAAAAACUCAACAGCUCAACCAUAUUGUUUCCUUUACCCAUAUACUUCCCCCCCCCCCAUUUAAACGGUACAUGUUUAAACCCAGCAAACUGGAUUAAGAAUAAUCCGAGAGUGUUCAAGCCCGGUUCUACAAGAAGUGGCAAAAGGACACAUGGCACCCUCAAUUGAAUGGAUGCGAUAAAACUGCACCCCCUUAAAUCUCAGUUGCGCCCUAAAGACCUUUGCACACAGAGUCCGUAGACUUUUAUGUCCGAAAUUGAAGCACGUUAAAAAAAGAAAUAGAAUCUCAUGUUAUGUCAAACAUGUUUGCACACUGACUGCGAAAUGUUCAUCUGUCUUUUAAAAAAAAAAAAAUACAGAAACUCUCCCUUAUAGACAGGUGAAACUCUCCCUUAUAGACAGGUGAAACUCUCCCUUAUAGACCGGUGAAACUCUCCCUUAUAGACAGGUGAAACUCUUUUAUAGACAGGUGAAACUCUCCCUUAUAGACCGGUGAAACUCUCCCUUAUAGACAGGUGAAACUCUUUUAUAGACAGGUGAAACUCUCCCUUAUAGACGGGUGAAACUCUCCCUUAUAGACGGGUGAAACUCUCCCUUAUAGACGGGUGAAACUGUCCUCGCUCUUGCCUUGUUUUCAGGCGUGGACAGACACCGUUGUUUGAGUACGAGACAUUUUGUUUAAUACUGCCAAUUUUCGCAAAGAAUAGAAGAACUAACGCAGCGGACUCGGAGUGUGUGCGUUACAUUUUUUUUAUCGUUCUGAAUCUGAAAAACGGACUCGGUGUGCAAAUGCCUUCAGUCUUUUUGUUCUUGAGCCGGGCCUGAAGUGUUUCAAAUUAAGCAAAAAGAAGUUCCAAUUUAUCGCCCUGAUGUCUAACCAAUGUGGGAAAUGACAAACAAACCACUCAGAAGACAUAAUUAUUAUUAAUAAUAAUAAUAAUAAUAAUAAUAAUAAUAAUAAUAAUAAUUGUAUUUUACAAUCCUAGAUCUACCUGCCAUUAAAUGAUGUAGACGUGAUAUUUUUUACCCCCCAAAUAAUGUACUCCUGGUCAGCCCAGCUGUCAAGUUAAACUCUUAAAUGUAUCUUUGUAUAACAAAUUGAAUUGUAACAAAUGUUAACCCAUUUUUGAUUUGUCCAAUUUGACUCUUAAUUCUCUCCGAGGUCGGCACGACUUCUCUUUGUGGAGACAAAAAAGAAAAAUGCUCUACGUGUAAAAAAAAAAAAAAGAAAAAAGACGGCUAACGGAUAAAUGAAACUUUUAUUCGCUAAGAAAAAACAACCACAAGUGAAUUCUUUGGACUUUAAAACAUGUUGUUUUUUUUUUUUUUGGCGUAUUAUUCUAAGCCCUGUCAUGACACAAGCUACUAAAGCGUGUUUUUAGAUGUACUGUUAGGUUUAAUAUUUGGUUCUUUCUAAGCUGUUAACAGACGUCGAGGAUCUUUGAUUGUUUCACGGGAAGAUUUGAUUGACCUCCCCAACAGCUGCUGGCAUGAACUUUUUCGUUUGUCCAAAAUUAUUUCUUCUUUUUUAAGUCCUUGGACGUCAUGCACCAUUAUUUUCUUUGCCCUUAUUCUGGGUUGUACGAUUAUUUUAGGUGUCUCUCCUUUUUUUUUAUUUGAAGCUCAUCUUUUUGUGGGUGUCCCAGACAUGAUGAUUGGAUUGAGAUUUACCAGUGUUCCCCCAGUUUUGCUUCACAUCUGUAUUGGGCUUUGUUAAAAAAAAAAGGAAAUAAAACACUUCUUUUUAAGAAAAUAA